AUGGCUGCAGCGACAGCUACCAUCUUGGCUUCGCCUCCCGAUUUCGCCAGUAUGGAGCACCGUACCGCUGAUCCGCAUCGCCAUACCAAAACGCUUCGUUCCCAAAGGUCCGCACCGUCGCCAUCAACACCAGCAUCCCCUUUCCGACUUUGUCCAGCCUCACAUUCGCCAUCCAUCCCACAUCGUCGCAUCUACAACAUCGAUCACGAGUCUUCACCAAGCCCAUCUCAAUCAGUCGCUCCCGAGCCUCGAUCUUCUUCUACCUCACUUACACCUUCUCUCUCUGCAUCCAACCCUUCACCGACAAAGUCUCUUUUACCUUUGGCCCUACCAUUGCCUCCAGGCUCACCAACACCUCCUCUCGCUCGCAACAAGUCCCCUCAUCCUAGCAGCAGAGCAACCCGCAAUCAGCAUCUCACCAAUCUUCAAGCCGCUUCCCUCUCCACGCCUGAGCUUCAUCUCGCUUCAGAUCCCAUGCUUGAUACACAAGAGCCAUCCUUCUUACCCAAGCUCCUAAGAGCAUCGCCCACUCACUCCCAUCAGGCCAUGUCCACUCCCCGCAGCCAAGGUCAGCCAACCGCCCAUGCCCCAUCCGACAGCGCCUCUCCCUACACAGCAGUAAAGCCAGGUCUAGCCUAUGCAAGCUUCCGUGCUGCCAUGGACGCCGUCGAUUCCCACAACCACAGCUCGCCUUCCCUUGCCAUCCCCGGCAUCCCCGGCAUCCCCGGCAUCCCCCAUAUCCCUGGCAUCCCAGCUGAGCUCCACUCACGGAAGCAGAGCACUGUUACCUUGCGAAACGCAGAUUUCUCCACAACAGCAUCUUGCACAACAUCAUCCUCCUGGACCAGACAGAACGUCAGCACAGAUACUCUCAGUCCACCCAAGCAAUCCAGCUCCCGACCUUCAUCCGCCAAAGGCACGCCUCAAUUCAAGUCCUCCGGAGCUACUUGGUUUCGACGCAAUCGCAACCAAGGCAAGACGAGUGGAAAUAUGCAUUUCAACCCUUCCGCCCAUGACGACGGUGCCACCAGCACUCCCGUAGCAGACUCUUGCACACAGAUCUCGAUGCAGCCAAGCCAGACGAGCGCUGCGACAGCCGGCUCUGGCACAACAUUCUUGUCUGAAACCAACCUCACCAUGCUUUCGACUGCAACCGACGCAUCCUUUGGCAUGUCUGAUCUCGCAUCGCCUCAAACCGCACUCGACAGCAUCCGUAAGGCCCGUUCCUUCAUGAUCAACCAGCUCGCUCGUCUCGCCGAGCCAGAGCGCAGCCUUGACGAGCAGCGCAUCUCUGCGCUUGUCUCUCAGAUGAAAAUCCACGCUCACGACCCCAGCAUCGAGGCUUCACGCUUCUGGCACAGCAUUGCCGACGGUGUCCUUCUCUGCUUACUUGCCAACAGGCUUCGACCCGGUAGUGUCGAUCGCAUCGACCGCAGGCACCAGCAGUGCCUCAAGGCAGACAACAUCUCGAGCUUUUUAAGAGCAGCACGAGACCAUCUCGGUUUGCGAUCCAAAGAUCUCUUUCAGAGCUUCGAUCUUACCGAUGGCACUCUUGAAGGCUUGCUUCGUGUUGUGCACACGCUUCAAGCAGCCGACAAGAUGAUCAAGCGCACCUCCAAGGUGUCUGCCACACGAGCCAACCCUAUCAAGAUUGAGCCAAGAACCACCUCCAUCACUCCUCCUUCCACACCCCGCGUCCAGGAGCGAAAGCUUCUCUCUGCCGGCAAUGGCGAUCUGGAACGCAUCGACAACAGCUCCGAGCUCUCCCUGAACCAAGACACACCCAAGAGGACUAUGCUCACCAUUCAGCAGAACAGGCGUGAGGCCGAACAUAUCCUCAUUGGCAGAUCCCACUCGUCGCGCUUCGAUUCUUCUUCCUCGGACUCGAAGCGUCCUUCCAUCGAGCUUGGCUAUCCAAAGCAAAAGCCUUCUUCAAUCACCUUUGCCGACUCGGUCAAGCAGAAGAGCUACAACGGCGACGAAGAAGGUCGUAUGCCCUACCGCGAUCGCAAGCUCAGUGAGUCAGCCAUCAGCUUGACUGGUGUCGCCGAGGAGCCAGAGGACGGUGUGGCAGCCAACGGUGACGUCUUGCCCACUGCCGACUCCUUCUCCAGCACUCCAUCUGCCGCCAUGGAACGAGGACAAGGUAGGAGGGGCAGCAGCGAAUCGGACAAGUCUAGCAAGAAUCACGCUCUCAGGCCCGUCAUGCUCGCUCGCAGCACAUCUCAGAAACGAAUCAGUCAGGAGCUCGCGCUUGGACAGCUUCCAAGAGCGGUCAUUGGCUCCACUGAGAACCUUGACGACUACCUCUUCACAUCAGGCAGCCCUUCCCGACACGCUCCGACUCGACGACACAGUGCUCGACUCUACCCUGGUCCUUCUCUGCUCAACCCAUCGCGCGAGUCACUGCUCAACCUCAGUGCUCCAUCAACCGGCGAGUCGGAUGUAUCGCCAUCCGCUCGCGUGCCCUUCCCUCGCGGAACGAACGACUCGCCAGGUGCUCGUAGGAUGGCCCGUCACCUCUCUAUCAACGCUGGCAGCCUAGACUCGUUCUCUCUGACAUCCGGGCCCAGCUCAUCGACUACAACCAACGGCAGCAGUGGCUCGCCCAAACUCAGUUCUCGACCUCAAUUUAGGCACAUGCGCUACUCUUCUGAUCUGCAUCUACCGCUGCUCAACCGUCCGACGUCGAUCGGAGCACGCUCGCCGGACCCUUGCCUCGACGAGCGAUCCUACAUCUCGACCUCUCGCAGCCGCUUCGACUCGGAGAUUGGAUCCAUCUACACCAACCCCCUUGGCAGUCUCACCACCGAUGAGAAUGGCUCUGCAGUCACGCGUGCAAGCCGCGAUGCUACAGCUCCCAAACACAAGCUUGUCGUCACAGAAGCAGGCAAGAACAUCAUCACCUACCAGCUUGGCAACUGCAUCGGACGUGGUCAGUUUGGAUCCGUCUAUCGCGCUUUGAACUUGAAUUCCGGCCAGAUGGUUGCCGUCAAGCGAAUCAAGCUCGAAGGCCGCACUGAUGACGAGGUCACCGAGCUCAUGGGUGAAGUUGACCUUCUCAAGAGCCUCACACAUCCAAGUGUCGUCAAGUACGAGGGUCUCGUCCGUGGUCCUGAUGUGGUCUCCAUCAUCUUGGAGUACGUCGAGAAUGGUUCGCUCUUGCACACUCUCAAAGCGUUUGGUAACUUCCCCGAAAAGCUCGUUGCCAGCUACGUUGUCAAGAUCCUAGAGGGUCUCAAUUACUUGCAUGAGCAGAACGUAGUGCAUUGCGACUUGAAAGCGGCCAACAUCUUGACGACAAAGAACGGCAACGUCAAGCUUUCCGACUUUGGUGUCUCGCUCAACCUCAAAGCGGUCAAGAAGAUGGGCAACAAGAAUGAUGCGAUUGGCACUCCCAACUGGAUGGCUCCUGAGGUCAUUGAGCUCAAAGGUGUCACUACCGCUGCCGAUAUCUGGUCGCUUGGAUGCACAAUCAUCGAGUUGAUCACCGGAAAGCCUCCAUACUACGAUAUGCUCGCCAUGUCGGCCAUGUUCAGGAUUGUGGAGGAUGACUGCCCGCCUAUCCCGGAGAAAUGCUCGGAUGCCCUUCGCGAUCUCUUGCUGCAAUGUUUCAACAAGGAUCCUACAAAGCGACCCAGCGCCGAGACACUCUUCGAGCACCAAUGGAUUCGACAGGUAUGGACUGGACACAAAGAGUUGCGACCACAGGACAGCGUCCCCUUCCUGCGUAGAAUCAGCGCCGAUGUGCGCCGACUUGAUCCACGCAUCUUUGAGGAGAAGGAGGAAACCUCUGCAGCUCAGCCAGCCACGCAAAGAUCCUCUUGUUCGCCUCCUCGUGCCAUGCUGCAGCGUCCCGACUUUCAGGGACUCCGUGCUCACACUUUGCCAGCCGAGUCGUCUGCUGGAAGCGUCACUGACAAGGUCAAUGGCAUCUCACCCACCACUUCUCCGCCUAACCCCACAUCUUCGCUUCCUAGCCUCGACACCACAUCCACGCACGCCUCUUCGAAAGCGACAAACCAAACAGCCUCGCCGACACUAACCAGUCCAGCGCUUCUCUCGCCUAUGGCUGAUUCCUCUUGGCUUGAUCUUGGCUUGAUCGCCGAUGAGCAAGCCAAACCACACGCUUUCGUCAAGAGCACCUUCAGCAAAGCUGUCGUUUGCAAGAUCUGCCGCGAGCCUGUCAAGAAGCAUGCUGUUCUUUGCGAAGAGUGUGGUCUUGUGUGCCAUGCUAGGUGCGCAGUCCAUGCUCCUUCGCCCUGCAACUUGCGUGCUCAGCUGCUCCUAUUCCAGCAGCGAGCUUCUUUGGAUCAGACGAGUCCCGUAUUAUCGGCAGCUCAUCUUGCCUCGGUCUCGCCUCUGCAUGGCAGCGGCGGCGCGACAAACGGCUCUGCUCCGAUCAACUUGCGCUUCCCCUUUGGUAUGAGGAGGCAGUCCAAGUCACCCACCGUCGACUCGCAGCCUCAGGUGGCUUUUGGUGCAGCGGCGUGUCCAGAGAAUGAGGCUGGAAUACCGCCUUGCCCUCGGACCAGCAACGGUGCUUUGGGAGGCAAGCCUGCCAAAGAUCCCAACCUUGUUCGCAAGCGUCGUAUUUCGUUGAUCGCCGGUCGUCAAAGAUCGCCUUCUCCCUCGCCUGAAAGCACGGAAGCUUUGCGAAGUCCCUACGGCAAUGCCGCGCUGCAUGGCGUUCGACGACAUAGCUCGAUGAGCUAUGGCAGUAUUAGUGGCAACAGUAGCAUCUCAAGUGGUGGAGGCCACAUUAUCAUGGGUCACUCUAGCUCUCGGGCUUCUUCGUCCCAGCAACAACUGACGCACCAGCAGCAGCAAGGAUUUGCACAACUCGCAUCAACACCAGUACUGCCCAUGGAACAAGAGCAACUUCACCAUCGUCCACCAAUGGAACGAUUCCGUCGACGUUUGAGUUCUGGUGUAGCACGUGGUACUCCUGAUGUGAUGGCGUCAGCUAAGAAGAUGGGUAAAGCUGGCAUCGCUACAGGACAGGUUACGCCAACACUUCAGACGACGAUCGAACGCAAAAAUUCUCGUAGAGUCUCUUCCAAGUCUGAUUGCAUUGUUAUGUAG